UCCCAUAUUCCCUGCAACCGUCAAGAGAGACUUACGUUUACGAAUGGAAGUACAUUUUUUGGGAUUAUUUUUUGUUGUCUUCUUAGGUUGGAUACCGCAAUCUCAGGCCUGGAAAGUAGCACCGACAAUUAUUGAUGGUGUGCCAGAUUUCUUUAAGUUCAAGCCAAAACCAUUUGAACAAAUUGGAGACAGAUACUAUUAUAUUGAGACGAAGAUUAAAUCGAAUUGGUUUGAGGCCUACGAAGAGUGUCGUCGAAUGAAUUCCUCCCUGGUAGCCUUUGACAGUAUGGAAAAGUAUGAGCAAGUUCAUAGUCGUGUCAAGGGUUCAAUCUCUUUUCCGAAAGACUACUGGACCUCCGGAACCUCCCUUUCCCGUGAAGGAAAAUUCGUAUGGUUCAGCACUGGCCAUCAGAUUGAACUUAAUAAGUGGCUGGAAGACGUAUAUCCUGGGGGUAAAGAGCAGCUCUGCAUUGAAUUAGUCGUCGAAAAGGACGGAAUCGGGGCUAGAUCUUGUUUUGAGCCAAAAGCAUAUAUUUGCGAACUUCGUCGCCCGAAGACGAUAGUAGUUGUGUUUUAUUAAAACUGAAAUCAUUAAAAGAGUUAAAUGUAUGCGGAAAAAAAAUCUUUCCAAAAUUAUACGUGGUUUCCCAACGGAAACCUAUAGCAUUGGA